UUCACGUGAAUGUCAACUACACCUUGGGUCAGUUAUGAGCUCAAUAAGCCAAAGUACCAAACUUCGAAAAUUAAGUAUCUCGUCGUAUUUUGUAACGACAAACUGGAAUUAUCUGAGGACAAUAAGUUGACCAUGUGCAGUUCGAAAAAUUCUUACCCAUUUCAAUUUGAAAGUAUGGAUAUAUGCCAAAUUCCGGUGCUUCAAGAUAUGUUAGUAACAAACACUUCAUGUAAAUUUUAUAAAUUUGCAACAGGUGAUCAAACGAUUGACGAAUUCUGUCAGCGCUUGAUGUUGUCAAGUACAAAUAAAAAGAUAUUUAAUAAGAAAUGUUUAACUUCAGAGUUUGAAGUACACUUGAAAAAAAGCUUUCUAACGAAGCUUAUAUUUCUGGACAAUCAACCUUGCAGAGAAAGUUUAAAAAACCAAUUAAAAGAUGAAAUUGAAUGCAAUGAAAAAGAUUACUUGAAGUUACAAAAUAAAUUGAUAAAAUAUACUUCUAUAGCUAAAAAGAGUAUCAGCAAUGAAAAUUUUCAAUUAUUAAUGUCUUUAUUGAAUGAUAUGUUUGUUUAUAAGAAUAUAUCAGCAGUUAAAACAAAAAGUUAUCACACUAGCAAUGUAAUUAAUAUUUUGUAUAAAAAAAAAAUUACAUAUCUGAUAAAUGUAGACUCCACUAAUAAUGGAAGUAUCAAAUUUGAUGACUUUUUCCCCAAGAAAAAGAAAGAAAAAAGUAAGUUUUCAUUGAAUGACUUAUACACUUUUUUCUGUAAUGAGUACACAAAAAAUUCAAACAUAAAAUUUUUUGUUAUUUACACCAAUUCAGAGUUCAAUUUUACCGAUAAUAAUGUAAUUCAAAAUAACAAAUCUGAGCAGUACUAUCCAUUAAAAUUGAACAAAAUAGAUGUAUCUAAAAAAAGGUACAAAAUAUUUCAAAAUUGCUCCAAAUUGAAUAAAUCAAUGUUGUUUGAGUUUGCAUCUGAAGAUUAUGAUGCUCUUUUAGAAUUGCUUAAUCCUCCCAAUGGUAUUGAAUAUGAGAUAGAUGUAGAAAAAGAAAAAAAUAACAAAUUGUUGUUUUUGCAUACUCUUAUUAUUGCUACCGGACAAACAAAAAUGACAGAUACAGAUAUUCUUCUCCAAAACGAACAGCAGCAGCUUCCUUACAAUCUUGACCAGUUACAAGAAGUAACUUUAAGAUGGCUAGAAUUUCAGAAGCAUCAAAUAAUGACAUUAAGAACCAUGAGAUUGCUUUUAACUGAUAUACAAAAUAAUAGAACAAGUCGCAAAUACUUAAAAUAUUCCAAUGUCGCAGAUGAAUGGAAACUGACCAGGUCUCUUUGUCGUACAAUACUCUUACAAAGAAAUGAAUUAUUUGAUUUUUUAAUUAAUGGUAGAGGAAAAGUAUUUAUACAGCACUUUAAAAAUGCAGGCAUUGAUUUAAGAAGUAUUGCUAAUGUUAUGAGAGGUGUUCCUGAAAAAUACUUAUUCGAUGCAUUUGAAGCUUUUCACAAUUUUUGGUUUGAUGAAAAAGGAAAUAAAACCAAAAAUUUUUUACUCUUGGAAAAGAAUCAUUUGAAUAUUCAAACUGUUUGUAACAUUGCCAGAAUGUCCCAUAUUGAUGCAGUGGAUAUUAUUCAAAAUUUGUUUGAUUUGUGGUUUGAUAGUCUUGGCGGUAAAACUAAAUAUUUAUCCUCUUUAGAAAGGGAAGGAAUUAAUUUUACAGUUCUCGGAGCUAUGCUUAAUGGCUCUCGCCAUGAGAGUCGAUUAGUACAUGAAAAUUUAUAUAAUUUAUGGUUUGAUGAGGAAGAUAACAAAACAAAAUAUGUAACCAAUUAUGAAAACAAUAACUUAUCUCUUUCUAAAGUAGCUAAUAUUGCAUAUUGUGGUGGAAUGAAUUGUGUUGAAACAUUAAAAGAUCUUCAUGAUUUGUGGUUUGAUGAAGAAGGUAAUAAGACUAAGUAUCUUUUUAUUUUAGAAGACCACAACAUUGAUUUUCAUAAGUUCAUACAAGCCUUAUAUGGAUCUAGGACUAGAGCUGUUUAUUCAUUUAAACAAUUUUAUUAUGCUUUAUUUGACAAAGAUGGUAAUCCUACUAAAAAUUUGCAAUAUCUGAGAAAAGCCGGAGUUAAAUUUUCUGUAAUAUCUACUUUACUAUAUAGUUCUGGAAAUUGUGAUCUGAAAAUCACAAUAUUAAAAUUGAUGAUAUUUGUAAAAUUAUUAGGGGACAGCCAGCCAAGGCAUCUAAAAUUUUCAAAGAUUUCUAUAAUUUUCUAUUUGAUGAAGAAGGUAAAAAAAAAAGAUUUUUGAAAACUUUUGAGAACUAUGGCAUUAGUAUCAAUCAUUUAACAAAAAUGAUACGAAAUUCGAAUGUUCAUGCCAUCAACCUUUUGACUGAUCUUUCCAACUUAUGGUUUGAUGAAAAUGGGCAAAAAAGUUACUACAUUCAAUGUUUUGAAAAUAACAAUUUAGACCUUCUUAAAAUUAUGCAAUGUUUAAGGAGCUCUCGUAAUGGAGCAGUUAAUUUUUUUAAAGCUUUAUAUGAAUUUUUCAUUGAUC